AUGAUAAAAAGUCACUUGCCACUUAAGUUACGAUUAAAAGGAUUGUCGUAUAUGAAUGAUGAUCCCAAAGAAAUACAUGUGUUGUAUGGCUCUGUUCAAGAAGAUGACGCCCCUAAAGGCGUUUUACAGGAUAUGAUCGACGCUAUAGCUCAGUUCUUUUUUAAAAAAGGACUUAUGGCAAAUGAGUUUGGUCGCGAUAAUGUUAAAAUACACGUUACUCUAUUAAACUCUAAAUAUAGAGGGAAAACAAUAGAAAACGGCAGGCCAACAAAACAGAAAAGGGAAAGCUUCGACGGGACUGAAAUAUUGGAGAAAUUUAAUGAUUAUGACUUUGGUGUUAUGGAAAUUAAUAAUAUUCAUUUAUCCGUAAUGAACUCUUUAGCACCGGAUGGCUUCUAUCAAUCGACUUGCGUCAUUACUUUAUAA